CUUGGACUGCGAGAGGAUGUCUUGACGCGCACCCUGCCAAUUCAGUCAGUUACCUGCGAAGAGUUCCCAGGUGCGAGGGCGAUCAGCUCCAGAACAUAGCUAAAUUAAAGGACAUACAUAGCUCCAUACCCGGCUACUCCUGCGGGCAUCCAGAAGUUCGUCACAGAACCAGAAGAGCCACUGAACGCUCCACUGGAUUUGCGAGUCCGGCAUUCGACACGCUGCCAAUCCUGGUGACGCAGCGACGCGAUCAGCUCCCGAUUUCAUGGCACUAAUGAUGUCGCGUCGCCCCCAACAAGAACAACAACAACUACAUGACAAACUAUUGCAACAACAACUGACUCAGAAACAGAGGCAACUUCAUCUAGCGUCAUCGAAUCCGUUCCACCAGGAGUCGCGCCUUCCAAGCGAACGUGUGUGCAAAUACGCGAGUGUGUGUGCGUGUGUCUAAUUAGCGUCUCCCCGUCAUAAAUCGGAAAUCAGAAAUCAGAAUUCACAAAUUGAGAAAUAUCUCUACCCCGAACCGACCUCAGCCUCAGCCUCAACCGCAACAUCAACCAUCUCCGGGAGGGGCAGUAAUCGAAUUUGAAAUCGGUACUUUAUCGCGCGUCUGCAAAUUGCACUCAAAUCGAAUCAAACGAAAUCGUAGCGGACCAUACAAAUUGCAAUUAAUGCCAAAGCGCCUGCAUCUGGCCAAUAAAAGUAAUAGGUGGAACAAUAUUGCCAGUGAUUAGAACAUUGAAUCGCCAGCGAGAUGGACUUCCAGAGCGCCAUGGAAACCUUUGCCGAGGCCUGGGUGGCGGCCAACGCCGGUCAGCAGAGUCAGGCCCUGGCUUUGACGCGGGCUGCCAACGCGGCCGCCGUUGUGGCCGCCGCCAAUGCCAAAUCACCUGCCUCGGGCGCCUCGGCAGCCGCCAGCCUAGCGGACUUGGCCGUCAAAAAGGAGCACUCCCUAUCACCGCCCCAUAGUGUGGUCGGCGUGGGCGUGGCCAGCGAGGAGCAGCACCGACGCUCCUCAUUGCAGGGCGUCCAGGAGAAGCUCACCCAGCUGCAAAUGCAGCAGCAGCACCACCAGCAACAGCAGCUCCACCAUCACCAGCAGCAACAGCAGCCAGGCGGAGGAGGUGGUGGCGGAGGACCAGGUGGAGAAGCGGGUGGCCGAAGGUCCUCCGAGGGCUCUCCCCCCGCCAGCCAUCCCAGCCAGAACUCCGAGGGAAAUGCGCUCUCCUCCUCGACAGCCUCUUCUAGUCAGAACGCCACCCCCAAGAGCGAUCGCGAAAGGGAACGGGAGCGCGAGAGGGAGGAGCGUGGGGAGCGAGGCAGCAUCUCGUGCCUGCCACCCGCCGCCCUGGGGAUGGCCGUGGGCGUGCAGCAGGCCCAGCAGCAGGCGGAGAAGCUGCUGAGCCAUCCGGCCCUGGACUCGCGACGGGAGUUUGACGUCAGCAAAGUAAAUCCCAAAUCACUUCCACUCCACUGUGUGGUGGAGUCGGUGCACUCGCUGCACGCCUCCCUAACCAUCGACACCCGCCAGCCCUGGAAGCGGCGGCCCAACAUCGAGACGGACAGCUAUGUGAUCAUCGCGGCGGCCACGCCCUGGAGCGAGAUUGUCCAGACCGCCCUGCAGAGGCUCGGCUACUCCCAGGAGGUGGCCAACACAGCCAGAGGCUCUCUUAUAAUCAAGCACUGGAAACCCAUUCCCCUGGAGCAGAUAUCCGAUAAUCCGGCCGUGCCAGUCAGUGAUAUCGUGGGGGAACUCACAUCGGUGAUCACUCUAAGGAUUGUCAUCCUGCGGCCCAAGACAUCGCCGCUGGGCGAGAUCAAGGACAAGCUGUUGAAGCUGCUGGUGUUGCAGUCGCAUGCGGUGCUCCGCUCCACAGGAUGUCCUUUGGAUGAGGUUACCCUCUCACAGAUUUGUCGAAGCUCCCACCAGAACACCUACGCCCUGCCCGGAGGCGAGAUCUCCGAUGAGCUGCGCCGCAAGUUCGACCAGUGGUGGUCCAACCAACUCUCCCCCCAAGCGGCUGCCAUGGCACCCAAGAUGUUACCCUUCAUGACCGGUCCUUCGCCAGUUCCGGUUCCAGUGGCAGUGCCCGGCGAGAUGGACUUCCCGGUGGGCACAGCCAUGGCGGCCGCAGCCGCUGCUGCUGCCCAUGCCGCCGCUGCCGGAGGAGCCGCUGGAAACAAUCCUCUGGGAUCGAUGGGCAGUCGGGAGAGCCUGCUGUUGGCCAACGAGGCAGCCCAUCACCCUGUGGGUGGACCGGCUCCAGGUUCUGGUCACCACGGCAACAUGCUAGUGCACCCUAUGCACGCCUCCAUGCACCACCACCACCAUCACGGCGGCAGUGGCCAUGGCCCCCAGUAUCCUAACCAGAAGACACGCAUGCGCACUAGCUUUGAUCCGGAAAUGGAACUGCCGAAGCUACAGAAGUGGUUUGCCGAGAACCCCCAUCCCUCGCGCCAGCAGAUCCAAACCUACGUGGUGCAGCUCAACGCCCUGGAGUCUCGCCGUGGCAGGAAGCCUCUGGAUGUAAACAACGUGGUGUACUGGUUCAAGAACGCCCGUGCUGCCCAAAAGCGGGCGGAGAUGCGGGGCGGAAGCUUGGGCAGUGCCAUGAGUGCUCUGGGCCAUGCCGCCAUGAACGGCUAUCUGAGCCAGCACGCUCCCUUGGGCCAGAACUCCAGCAGCAGUGCCGGGAGCCAGCCCAUGAGCAUGGGCAACUUGUCCAUGUCCCACGAUUAUCUGAAGAGCCCGCUCAGCUUAAAGUCCGAGGACAUAGACACCAUGUCCCAGCACUCGGACGACAUGGAGGAGGAGCAGAGCCGGCCAAACACCCCGCAACUUCCCUUGUCUCUAACCACCCACGAGCGCCAUCGUAGCUCUCCUUUGAUGGAUGACGAUGAGGAGGAAGCCGCGGAGCAGCCACAACUCCAGCAGCAGGGCGAGGCCAAGAGCGAUGGCAUGAAUGGAAGCUUGAACGAGGAGGAGCGCCAGGAGAAGCCGCGCGAUGAGCUCCAGGACAACGACAAAGAAGGCUCCGGCGCCGAGGAUCGUCAACAGGACUCCGAUGCCCAAAUCGAUGCCGCCUCCAACCUGAGUGGCAGCCACAACAAUAACAGCCACCACAACAACAACAGCAGCUCGCACAACCAGAGCCACAAUGACCAGGAUGUCAGCUCCACGCCCAAACGCACUACGCCAAAGGAGGAGGAUGACGACCUGGACAUGGACGAGGACGAGGAGGACAACGAAAAUGAUGCAAGCCAUUUGGACGAGUUCCGUUCGCCCUCACCCGAUAUGCCGGGUGGCGUGGCGCCGCACAAGGAUCAGCUGCCAUUUCCCAUGGUGCCCAACUCGAUGUUCUCCCAGUCCUUUAUGUACAUGAGCCACUACAUCCCGGCCUUUGGCCAGGCGGCGGCAGGACAUCCGCAUCAUCAUGCCGCAGCCGCAGCUGCUGCCGCCGGAAUCCAACCCAACGCCUUGAUGGGCGGCGGUGGCCUCAACCUGUCCAGCAUCUCAAACGAGGAGCGAAGGAAGAGGAACCGCACCUUUAUUGAUCCGGUCACCGAGGUGCCCAAGCUGGAGCAAUGGUUUGCCAUGAACACACAUCCCUCGCACAACCUAAUCCUCAAGUACACCGAGGAUCUCAAUACUAUGCCUUAUAGGCAAAAGUUCCCGCGUCUGGAGAGCAAAAAUGUGCAGUUCUGGUUCAAGAAUCGCCGGGCCAAAUGCAAACGCCUCAAGAUGUCGCUCUACGAUAGCAACCAAUGCGCCCAACUGGGUGGACUGGGAUCCUUUGUCCCCAAGUAUGAGGAAAGGGACUAGAGAGAAGACACCUAUCCAGAGUUUGAAAUCAAAAUUAGCAGCAUUUUUUUUUGUAAAUAGUGAACCAAGAAUGAAAACACAGACACACACACACCCAAUUAAAGCAGGUUGAUUCAUCAACUGCAGAUAUGACAAAUACUAUACCAAUAUUAUAUACGAUAGAUGAUAAAAUAUACAAUUCUCUAGUUUAGCCCACUCUAAGUAUUAUGAAAAUCAGAACUACUAACCCAGUUAUGCGUUACCAGUUGGCCGGAGGAGCGUCUAGCGAAAAUUAGAGAAAAUAUUACAAAUAAUAAGAUCUUUGCAUGAACCAGUAUGACUAUUUUAUAGCUAAGAGAGAACUUUAAUCCUAGAAACUCUUGGCAUCUAUUUCUAUCUAGCUCGUAGUGAUGUCGAAUCGAUGUAGAGGUAUUCGAUAUCUUAAGCAUAAGCAAACCAAAGAGAGCCAAUUUUCGAGAAUAUAAUGUAUAUAAUGUAUGUUAUCCCUAGGUACGCAUUCUUGAGCAUUGUGAAUUUUGUUCGGUUUUAGUUGCAUUUGAAUCGGCAGUUUAGGUUACCGUUUAAGUUUUAGUUAUCCUGCCUUAUUUGAAAUAAUAAAAAUUACCCAUCCAAGCCUAGCACAUAUCCUGACCCGCUCCCUUGGAAAACUAGCACACGGAAUUCGCAUAUAUAGAAUGUAUAACAUACGAUUCGUUGCUUUCGAUGUCUUGGUAUCUAAUACCGAGCCCCCCCCUUAAAAGCUCAGCUGGCCAAUCGGCGGCGAUUUGGCUUAAACCCUCCGUUGCUCUCCAUUUUCCUGCAAAACGUUUCGAAUGAAGCACCUUGACAAGCUAAAACCAUAAACUGAAAUACGAAAAUGUUUUAUAAAUUGUUCCAUUAGUUUCGUAAGCCUUCAGAUAGAGAAUAAAAAUUAAAUAAUAUUGUAAUUUAUUGCAAGCAAGCGCAUCCAUAACAGCGACACAACUCACAAGUAAUACACAAAACAGACAUGAACAUCCACACAUCUUUAUAUAUAAUAUAAAUAGAAAUAUAUUCCCCAGCAAUUAUUAAAUGAUUAAAUAAAUACAAUUUUAAAUGUCAAAUCUAA